AGCGGGCACGGAGGGAGGCCCGAGCCGCCCUCAGCGCGAUGGAAAAGUACCAGGUUCUGGACCAGCUGAAUCCUGGGGCCCUGGGUGUGAACCUGGUGGUGGAGGACUCAAAAACCAAAGAAAAGCUGGUGAUAAAGCAGGUGGAAUGCAUUGACGAGCACCAGGCCAACGAGGCCCUGGAGGAGCUGAUGCCACUGCUGAAGCUCCAGCACGCACACAUCUCCGUGUACCGGGAGCUAUUCAUCAUCUGGGUCAAUGAGCGCUCCUCGCUGGCCCUGUGCCUGGUGAUGGAGUACAGCGAGGGCAGCCUCCACAAGGUCAUCGAGAGGAAGAGGAGGGACAGGGCAGCCAUUGACGCCCAGUGGCUGCUCAGCGUGCUGGGCCAGGUGAUGGACGCUCUGGAAUACCUGCAUCACCUGGACAUCAUCCACAGGAACCUCAAGCCCUCCAACAUCGCCCUCGUCGGGCCCGGCCACUGCAGGCUGCAGGACCUGAGCUCCCACACGCUGAUGAGCGACCGGGCCAAGUGGAACAUCCGGGCCGAGGAAGACCCCUUCCACAAGUCCUGGAUGGCCCCCGAGGCCCUCAACUUCUCCUUCAGCCAGAAAUCCGACAUCUGGUCCCUCGGCUGCAUCAUCCUGGACAUGGUCUGCUGCUCCUUCAUGGACGCCACAGACGCCAUGCAGCUGCGAAAGGCCAUCCGGAAGCUGCCGGACAGGCUGAGCGGCGUGCUGAGGACCGCGGAGCAGAGGAACGUCCCCGCCGCGAGCACCUUCAGCGCCCUGCUGCCGUCCAUGCUCCAGGUCCAGCCCGGGCAGCGGAUGGCCAUCCAGGACGUGAUCCAGGCCACCUUCGAGAACAGCGGAUUCAGGUCACCCAACAUCACGCUGACGAUGCAGCGGCCGCAGGACGUGCCCAUGUUCGUUGCCAGCAUGCUGCUGGAGAACAGCACGGCCAGCGUCGUAGAGGUCAUGAAGAACUUGGCCGGCCAGCCCGAGGUCCAGCUCAGCGCCUUGGAGAAGCUCCUGCAGAUGAGUGACACCCAGCGAGGUCUGCCGUGGCCCAUGGAGCUGGUGGAGCUGGUGAUCCCCAUCAUGAAGCAACACGAGAGGCUCCUUGACAUACAACUGCGCGCCUGCGCCCUGCUGCAGUCGGUCCUGGGCCAAGCGCUGGCGCGGGACCCGGCGGUGGAGAUGCCCGGCGACAGCUCCCUGGCCCUGGCCCUGCUGCGCGCCGUGCGGGCACACCCCGGUGCGGAGCCGCUCCUGGGGCCGGUCUACAGCCUGCUCACCAUGAUCUGCGGGGAUGAGUCAGCCUCAAAGGAGCUGCAGGCGGCUGGGGUGUUUGAGCAUGUCCUGGAACAUCUGGAUAGCUUCUCCCACAACAGGGACAUCUGCGUUAACUGCCUGACUCUGCUCUGGACCCUUCUGGUGGAUGCCGUCAUCAUCAACAAGGCCCCCCUGGCGGAGGCUUCGACCCUCGUUGCCAGGGUGCUGGCCGCCUACCCCAGGGACGUGGAGAUGGCCGAAGCCAGCUGUGCGGUGCUCUGGCUGCUGUCCGUGCACGGCUGCGUGGAGGAGGAGCAGUCCGUCCAGGUAGUGGCGCUGUUGCUGCGCAGCGUGCGGCUGUGUCCCGAGCGGGUCCUGCUGGUCAUCAAUGCCUGCCGGGGGCUGGCCAGCCUCGCCGCGGUGUCAGAGCUGGCAGCCUUCCAGAUGGUGCUGCCCGGAGAGGCUGGCAGCGGCCUGGCACUCAUCGCAGGGACCUACCAGGUCCACAGGGACGACCCAGAGGUGGCGGAAAACAUCUGCAUGCUGCUGGCCCAGCUGGCGGCCUACAAGGAGAUUGCAUGGGAGAUGAUGUCUGGCGGCAUGGAGCCCCUGGUCCUGGAAAUGAAGGGGCGCUUUGCCUCUAGCUUGAAGCUGGUCUCCUAUGCAGAAGAGGCCCUCCGGGCACUGAGGGCAGCUGAGCCCCCCUGUGCGGUCCGUGUCGGCGGGGAAGGGCCUCUCCCCUCGUAGACAGACGUGUUUCAGGCCAGUAGCCCUCCCUGCUCUGGCUCCACUCUCAGCCUUUCCUAACGGGGUGUCGGGAGAGGGCCCUGGCUGACCUGGGGUGCGCCACCCGGGAGCCUAUGCCAGGAGCAGCACGCAGUCAAACUGAUCCUCAGAAUGUUCUGGUGAAGACAGACACGGAGCCCACGUACUGUCUGAAUUGAAUUAAAAGCCUGCACACGUUGU